ACUCACUUCUCUCUCUACUACAUAAAUAUCUCCGACACUCUUCCUCACCUCCAUAAUUUUUCGUCGGUUCGAUUUGCUGGUGGAGCCGUCGACGUCGAGGGAUCUGGGAAAGGGAGGAGAGAGAUGUACGGGUUCACGAGCCUGAGCAAGGGAGACUUAGACUUAGAAUCUGGGACGCUUUACCCAGGUCUGAGUUAUGGGGAGAACGAGCUCCGAUGGGGUUUUAUUCGUAAGGUGUACGGGAUCCUCUCGGCUCAGGUCGUCCUCACCACGAUCGUCUCUUCUGCAACCGUUUUGUACUCUCCCAUCAAUGAACUUCUCAGAAGCAGCUCUGGUCUCUUGCUCUUCCUCACGUUCUUGCCCUUGAUACUUAUGUGGCCCUUGUAUGUAUAUCAGCAGAAGCAUCCAUUGAACCUCGUAUUCCUUGGACUUUUCACUGCAUCUCUUAGCAUCACCGUUGGGGUAGUAUGUGCAAAUACUGAAGGGAGAAUCGUACUUGAAGCGCUAAUUUUGACAUCAGCUGUAGUUUGUGCACUAACUGGCUACACUUUCUGGGCUUCCAAGAAGGGCAAGGAUUUCAGCUUUCUCGGGCCUAUUUUAUUUGCCAGCCUCCUUGUACUCGUCCUAACUGGGUUUAUCCAGAUGUUUUUCCCACUUGGGCCAACGUCGGUUGCCAUCUAUGGUGCGAUCGGUGCUAUGAUUUUCUCAGGUUAUCUUGUUUAUGAUACAGACAACCUGAUAAAGCGAUAUUCAUAUGAUGAGUACGUUUGGGCCUCUGCCGUUCUGUAUCUGGACAUCCUCAACCUGUUCCUUUCCAUAUUGCGUGUGCUGAGGGGCAUGCAGUCUGACUGAAAAGGCUGGCUCUAUUGUGUGCUGCAUUGAAGUUGGUCUCUGCCGGAACUACGUAGGGUAAGAUACCACCACACCUUCAACAAUUAUCAAUGUUAAUCUGAACUUGGCUUGGCUCGGCUCCCAUCUUCAUUGUUUUACCUUUACCUUUUUGUUCAUAUUCUAUUAUUAUAAAUUUACUUGGGCUCUGAUGUGUACUGUAUACAAAAAGUUUAUUGCGGAUAAGAGUUUGCCAUUUGCUCUUUUGUUUGCAGUUGUUUAUUUGAAACUUCAUCUGUAAAAUCUUUUCUAGUUUACUUCA